AUGCAGAAUGUCACCUACAUAACAAAUACGGCUCACGGUCUCCAUCUUCUUGGGAUACUUGGUCUGUUCUAUCUCUCGAUUCGAGCUUGGUUCGACAUGGCAUCGUCAUAUAUCAAUAUCGGUCUCCCGACGUCCAUCUUGCUUGCCGUGGCGUCCCUGGGCGUCGACGCCGCGUUCAAACCGCCAAUCAAUAAUACGUUGGAGCAGAGUGUUGAGACCGAGUGCAAGACCUGUCCGUAUUCGCUGUGUACGAAUAAGGCGUUCUACGAGUAUGAUACCCAGGUCUCGCUUGUGUGUUGGACGACUGGUGCUGAGAUUGACGGAGAUACGACGUGGUUGAGAACUUCGGACGAUUGCUACGUUACCGAGUAUGACUUGAUGGAUAUCUCACCUGUUGAUUACCAGACUGCACUCUCAUACUGUGGCUCCGCAUCCGAAGAGCUGCUUCUCACAUAUGACAACGCAACCGUGAAGUACGACGCCGAGUGUAACAUCUGCCCCGACAACGCCUCAUGCGAGACUAUCAAGUACUUGAGGCCCGGAACAAACGUAACAGUUACGUGCUGGACGGCCGAUGGAGAAGCCGUCAUCGGCGACACGUGGAAUGGAUACAUCCUGAGGGAACGAAAAGAAAGAAAGUCUGACGAGAAACGUCCCAGCACCUGGCUCAAGACCACUGACAACUGCUACGUCAACGAGCUCCACCUGACCGAGCCCGCCAACAGAACCGUCCUUGACAACUGCGGCCCCAUCGGCUUCGUGCAAGUCCGCCAGACCGACAACACGGCAGGAGUAGCAGCCUCCUCUGCCGCCGCCCCAGCCAACGAACCCAUGCCCGAACCCGUGUCGUCGUCCACGAGUACCGUCAGAGACAGACGACACUCCCCGGCCCGCGCCCCAACUCCGAUCCCGGAGCUGCCGCUCGCAGAAGCAGCAGGCUCAGAGUCGGCGCUGCACAAGAGGUAUCUGAUCAACAUCACCGUGGGAGCCGACUCUGCCGCGUGCCACUCGGCGACGGCGUCGACGUCAGCGGUCGAGACGCGGUACCCGCUCGACGCCGUCGUGUGGAUGCAGUGCUACGCCACCUCCAACGACUCGUCGACGACGAUGGACCGUGCCGAGCAGUACUGGUAUCUGACGACGGACUUUUGCUACGUCCGGGAGGAGGACUUUCGGGAGAGCUUGUUCGAUCGUGAGUUGCUCCUUCUCUAA